AUGCAAUCUAAUCUUACCAUCGGCGACCCAUUAUCACUGGAACGAAUUCGAUCAGUUCUUGUUCGUCUGGAAGACACGAUUAUAUUUGGCCUAAUUGAAAGAGCCCAAUUUGCACAUAAUCCACGAAUAUACCAGCGGGGAGCAUUUAAAGAACUGAGAGACAUUGGUUUUGCGGGCAGUUGGCUGGAAUGGUUCUUGAAGGAGACUGAGAGCUUUCACGCCAAAGCACGGCGUUACACCAGUCCGGAUGAAUACCCAUUUACCACUGGUCUUCCGGAACCUGUCUUGCCGCCUUUGCAAUUUCCAAAAAUUCUUUUCCCGAACAAGAUAAACGCAAAUCCAUCCAUACUUUCCUUCUACGUCUGUUCUAUUGUUCCGCGAAUAACACGACGCGCAACUCUCUGUCUAGCAGCCUCAAAACGCAUCAAAGGUAUCGUUGGCGAUGAAGAAUACGAAGACGAUGGGAAUUAUGGAAGCACAGCGACAAUAGACGUCGAAGUACUACAGGCGAUAAGUAAAAGGGUGCAUUAUGGCAAAUUCGUUUCAGAAUCGAAAUUCUUGGAAAAUCCUAGCGCAUUUAUUCCCCAUAUUCUGCAACCCAAUCGGCAAAUUCUCGAAGAUCUUAUAACGAAGCCGGAAGUCGAGCGCAAGUUACUUAUACGACUGCGAGCAAAAGCAGCCACUUAUGCACAAGAUUUGGAUCUUGCGCCGGACAAGUUAUCCAAUGAGUUGAACGGCAAAGGGGUCAACGGAAAUUCAGCAAAGAUUGAGGUUGAUGGUGUUGUGGAACUCUACGAGAGCUACAUCAUUCCGUUGACGAAGGAAGUCGAAGUGGAUUACCUUCUACAUCGAUUGGACGGGCUAUCAGAGGAUGAUAUCCACAAGUUGGAGAUAAAAAACAGGACAGAACUUGCAACUUGA